AGGGGUUACGUCCCAUCAGCCCUUGCGCGCCACCGUCCCUUCUCUCUUCCUCGGCGCUGCCUACGAAGGUGGCAGCCAUCUCCUCCUCGGCAUCAUGGCCGCCCUCAGACCCCUUGUGAAGCCCAAGAUCGUCAAAAAGAGAACCAAGAAGUUCAUCCGGCACCAGUCAGACCGAUAUGUCAAAAUUAAGCGUAACUGGCGGAAACCCAGAGGCAUUGACAACAGGGUUCGUAGAAGAUUCAAGGGCCAGAUCUUGAUGCCCAACAUUGGUUAUGGAAGCAACAAAAAAACAAAGCACAUGCUGCCCAGUGGCUUCCGGAAGUUCCUGGUCCACAACGUCAAGGAGCUGGAAGUGCUGCUGAUGUGCAACAAAUCUUACUGUGCCGAGAUCGCUCACAAUGUUUCCUCCAAGAACCGCAAAGCCAUCGUGGAAAGAGCUGCCCAAUUGGCCAUCAGAGUCACCAACCCCAAUGCCAGGCUGCGCAGUGAAGAAAAUGAGUAGGCAGCUUGUGUGCACAUUUUCUGUUUAAAUAAAUGUAAAAACCGCCAUCUGGCAUCUUCC